GUUUUUUGUUGAGCCGCAUCUCUCUCAGCUUAGCGUUUUAGAGGAAGGAGAGAGAGAGAGAGAGAGAGAGAGAGAGAGAGAGAGAGAGAGCGUAGACCGGCGGCGGGGGCGGCGACGAUGGUGGAGAAGGCGAGCAAGGGGCGGAAGGAGGAAGUGGUCACGAGGGAGUACACCAUCAAUCUCCACAAACGCCUGCAUGGAUGCACUUUCAAGAAGAUGGCUCCCAAGGCCAUUAAGGAGAUCAGAAAGUUCGCACAGAAGUCAAUGGGCACGACUGAUGUCAGGGUUGAUGUGAAGCUCAACAAACAUAUCUGGAGCAGGGGGAUCCGAGGUGUGCCAAGACGGGUUCGUGUGAGGAUUGCCCGCAAAAGGAACGAGGAGGAGGACGCAAAAGAAGAGCUCUACUCGUUGGUUACUGUUGCUGAGGUUCCUCCAGAGGGUUUGAAAGGGUUAGGAACUAAGAUUGUUGAGGAAGCAGAUUGAAUUCUUGGCAGUCGGAUGCCCUCUUUUGAGGUUAUUAUGGCAAUGGGGAUUAUUUUAAGAUUUUGUAGGGAGUUUUGGGUGCAAUUGGAGUGUUGAACUAUGAGUUUUUCCUUUGCUGAAUUUAAGUUAUAUUUAAGAAUUUCUUUCUUGGUCACAUUUCAUUGAACCGUGUUCUUAUUAAUACUAAUCAUCUGGCAAUUGCUUGUUUGAGCAGUCUA